GUGGGAUCCACUCAUCAAAACCAAUCAAUACAAAGCACUAGACAAAAUAUCCCCCAAGUGAUAACACGCGCAAAAGAUAGCGCGUGAUUAAUUUAACAGUACAAUCCAAUCCAUUUCCAACCUAAUAUAGAUGUUCUUAGCCAAUGGAAAAAUCACACGUGUCCAUAUUCUCGAACUUCCUUUUCUUUUACUUCGGUUGGAGGGAAAUUAUGCUUCGUCCCGCUACAAAGCCCACGUGUCCCUCUUUUUAAGGAGUGCCGGACACGUACGCGACUCUGAUUGGUCCAAUAUCAGAGCCAAUUAAGAGGCCUCGAUUCAUAAAUCUAGAUACGCAAAAAACACUUUUUUGGUGGGUCCUACUCACUUAGGAAAUUUUUUUUUUUAAAUAAUUAAAAUAUUUAUUUUCUAAUUUAAACCAAUGAGAAUGGAACACUGUCGAAAGUGUAGCCCUAGACACGUGUUGAGUGCUCACCUAGCCACCGCGCCACAGCUAUGAUUAUCGCUCUCCGGGGAUGGAAGAGAGAGAAAGAGACAGAGAGAUCAGAAAGAUCAGAGAGAGAGAAAGGGAAAAAAACAGAGAAGGAGAAAGGAGAAGAGGGUUCGAUCAAGGUCGAGUGAUGGACGGUCGUGACGGAUGGCACGUGGCGAGUUUUCAGGCAAGUUCGCAUAAGACGAUAAUCAACCCGGUUAUGCUCAGAUUCCGACCGAUCGCUCCCAAACCGGUUUCCGGAGGAUCUUAUCCCGGUGGGAACCCGGCGGAGAACAUGUCAUCGGUUCUCCGGACGACUAAACGUGUGAAAAGAAAGUACGUUAGGGUUCGAAGAGAUAAUAAAGAUAAAAACCCUAGGAGAAGGGAUACGAAUAAUAGUUAUAACAUCAACGGAUCUUGUGGAGAAGAAGGAGGAGAUGGUUUGAAUUCCACCACCACCACCGUCACGCUCCAGCUGAUGCCGGAGAAAUCUGACGGUCUAGAUUUAACAAGGAGUACUGGUGGUACUGGAUCUUGGCGUAUUAUCAACCAGUACUGUACGGCCGUACAGGAUAAUAAUAAUUGUUAUAAAAACUGUAACGCUACGACCGAUGAGGUUUUGGAUCUGAGCGGUGUGGUGGUUAGGUCAGGACCAGCGGCGGCUGAGGCGGUGGGAGAGGUGGUGGAGUCGUGGGUGACGGUGGAGGGCGUGACAGACACGUGCAUGGAUGUACGAGGGUUGGGGAGUACGGACGUGGAGAGAAUAAAGAAUUUAGAGAGGGACACGUGUCCCGGGUUUGUGUCGGACGGUUGCUUUAGCAAGGUGGAGUGGGUAAACGAUGCGUUUAAAAAGAUGGUAGCGGAGGAGGAGGAGGUGGAGUGGUGGCCGGAGGUGGUGGUUUGGCUGGUGACGAAUAAUAAUAAUGAUAAUAUGAAAAAUAAAAAUAAUAAUCCCAGCAGGGCGGAGUUGGGCCUGAUGGGCCCGGCGUUCACGUGUCGAGUUAGGGUUCAGUAUAAGAGAGUGAAUACUAAAGAGAAGUGUUCGAAGAUAAUGCCUUGUGAUGUUUGGAGAAUGGACUGCGGUGGUUUUGCAUGGAGGCUCGACGUCAAGGCAGCUCUCAGCUUGGGUUUGGGGUUUUGAUUGAUUGAAGAUUAGCAAUUAAAGAAUAAAGGAGCUGGUAUCAGUGGACGUUAUUAUCAGGUACGUACGUUAUUGGAUAAUUAUUUUGAAGAUAAAUUUGGGUGGCCCAUAUAAUAUUUUGGAUACAUAUAUUUUGGAAAUGCUAUGAUAGGGUGCUAAUUUAGCAACCUAUUAGUAGGAGUAUCUUUGUUUUUGACACGCACACAAAUUAUAACCCAAAUUUUUUAAUAUGACGGUGUAUAUUGUAAUUAUAGCAGAUAUCUCAUUCAUUUUUGAAAAAUUAUGAAUAGUUUUAUGAUGUUUAAAAUAAGGUUCAAAUAGUCAAUUGUACACGUGUUUGUUCUAUAUACGCGUGUAACUAAUUAUUUUGAACUUUAAUUUUUUGCAUUAUAAAUUAUUUAAAUUUUUUUGAAAACUGAUGAGAUACUUACUAUAACUACAACAUACACCGUCGUAUAAAUAAAAUUAUGGUAUAAUUUAUUUUCCAGCUAAGAACAAAUAUCAACUUAGAUGUAGAAUUUCCCACUAUAUUAUAUCAGAUGGUGUCAUGUGAUGUGGUGCAUGAUGGUCUGAA